GUCAUGCACCGCGGGCAAAGCUGUGUAAAGAUGGCUGAGGUAGACUUUGGGGAUAGUGAGCUCUUUGAGCAGCUCGAUGACUCUACACCGCUGGUCCCGACGCACAUUCGCUUCUCAGAUGAUGGAGAAGACCAGGGGGAGGUCGGCCAGCUGCGGAGCCGGCUGGAGGAGUGUGAUGAAAACAUCCAGAGACUCACGGAGGAGAAUAAACUAUUACAAAGGAAACUGAACGUCCUGACGCGACCAAGCGGCAUCACAGUUGAAGAUGUCAACAUCGACGGGCCACUUCUUCAGAUCCUUUACACAAACAACAUCAUAUCAAAGCUCUGUCGCCAGGAGAUUGAAGACUGCAUCUGCAGUGUGAUAUUGAAGCACCAGAAAACAGACGAUCAAAAAAAGAAAUCCUCCUUUCACAUGAAACCCCAGAUUGCAGCUUUUGACAUGCAUGAAGACCUGUCCUCCAGUAGUGUGCACACAACAACAGAACCCUUUAAAGUGAUUGGAAGUGUCUUAUAUUUCACUACAUUCAGUGUAGAUAAACUUGGACAACCCCUGGUGAAUGAAAAUCCCCAGCUGACAGACGGAUGGGAUGUUCCAACGUAUCAUCAGGUUUUCAACCAAGUCGUUGGAACGGACGGACAGGACAUAGAAAUGAAAGACAAAAGGCCCAAGUCUAUGUGUUUCAACUGUGGGUCAGCCACUCAUCAGCUCCGGGACUGUCCCAAGCCUAAAGACAUGGCUGCAAUCAAUGAGAGAAGAAAGGAGUUUAAUCAGAACAACAACCAGUCCAUGCAGAGUAACCAGCGAUACCAUGCAGAUGAAGUGGAGGAGCGCUUUUCUAAAUAUAAGCCUGGAGUUAUGAGUGAGGAACUGUUGACAGCGCUUGGAGUUGAUGGCAACACCCUCCCUCCACUGAUUUAUCGCAUGAGGCAGCUGGGCUACCCACCAGGUUGGCUCAAAGAGGCAGAGAUGGAAAACUCUGGCUUAAUGCUCUACGAUGGAAAUGGACCAGGUAAUGGCAGUCUAACAGACGCCAGUAAUUCACAAAACAUUUCUUAUGACGUUUCCAAACUGGUAGAUUUUCCAGGAUUCAAUGUGCCUGCACCAAACAAAAUGAAAGAUGAGUUCAUGAUUCAUGGCUCAAUUCCAAUGCAGAACAGCCACAUGAAGCAAAACUACGCAGCCUACCUGUCAAACAACUUCCCUAUGCCUGGCGCCACCUGCAACAAGAGAAGACAUGAAGGGGACUCAUCUCCCCUGCUAAAGAAGAAGACUAGGACAAGUCCUGAUCGCCGCUCAGACAGGAGCUCCGAUAUGGAUAUCGAAUCAGAUCCGGGAACACCAUAUCACCAUCAUCACCAUCAUCAUCAUCGUCAUCAUGGCCAUGGUGACUUCCAGUUCCAGCAACCGCUUCCUCCUGGUUCUUCUCCUAGCUUCAGUUCGCCCCCUCCUUUACCACAAGGCACUCCUCCUGCUACACCCACUCCCCCACCUCUCCCUAAAGGCACACCUCCACCCACACCCACCAACGGCUCUCCAGCUCUGCGAGAGCGUAACUGGGUGGUAGUUGAUGAGACCGAGGAGGGAACGGAGGACGAAUUGACACUAGAGGAGUUGGAGGAGCAGCAGAGGCUGCUCUGGGCAGCUCUAGAAAAUGCUGACACUGCCACUAAUAGUGACUGUGAGACGCCUGCAUUGGGAACACCCGCUCCCAGUUCAUCAAGCGUAUCGACGCCAGCGCAUGUCGACACAGAAGCGGAGGAGGUUGAAGAAGUAAUGGACACGACGCCUGCAGGACCUUGUCAUAGCAGUGAAAAUGAAAGGGAACCAGAUGUUCAAGAGAUUUCCCCUCAUAUCUCUGGACCUAUCAAAGCUGAAGAUAAUAGCUCAGAGAGCCCUGGACCACUCAAAGCUCAAAACGAUCGGCCCAAGAGUCCUGUUCAAGUCAAAUCCAGUGAGGACCGCCCACAGGCUCCUGUUCAGGUCAAAUCCAGUGAAGACAUCCCACAGAGUCCUGAUCCAAUGAAAUCCAGUGAUGACAGCCCACAGAGUCCUGAUCCAAUCAAAUCCAGCAAUGACAGCCCACAGAGCCCUGAUCCAAUCAAAUCCCAGGAAGACAACCCGCAGAGCCCUGAUCCAGAUUUCUCUAAUCAGGGCACUGGAGAUUGUGCUUCUCCUAAGAAUGUCGAGAAGGUUUCAGCUGUUCCACAUCGGAGCAAGUUUGCAGCUGGCAUCGUUCCAUUUGAAGAUACCCCCGAAUUCACAGAAGUAGCUGAAGCCACAGGAACUUACCUUAGGAUCAGAGACUUACUGAAAUGCUCCCCUCGAAGUUUGGCAAAGAAAAAUUAAAAAAGGAUUAUCUUAUGGACUUCAAAUACAAUGAUAUUUGCUUUUUUUUUUUUUUUUUUUUUUUUUAAGCAAAAACUUCUGUUUUCAUCUUGUCAGCAUGUUUUUUUAAAGCUGUUUUUAUUUUAUACCAAAUUGAAUGUCCAUGUUGUAAAUACAGUGGAUCUGUAAAAAGUGAGGGGAAGGACUUUGGGGAAUGCUGCCACAGCAGGGGAUUCUGAUUAAUGUAGUCUAAAAUGAUUGUAGCAGUAGUGUCACUUAUUUUAUGAAAUGUGUGAGAUGGUAAUUUCCAGACCUGUAUUCAUUUUCAUGGAUUUUUCUAUUUUUGUCCCCUCUUAAAUUCCUGCAAAAUUGUAUAAACAUGUUCUUGUUCCAA